UUGUUUGUUUUGAUGCCAAGAUAAACUUUGAUGACAAUGCAGAAUUUAGGCAAAAAGAAAUAUUUGCCAUGGAUGACAAGUCUGAAAAUGAGCCUAUAGAGAAUGAAGCUGCCAAAUAUGACUUAAAAUAUAUAGGACUGGAUGGAAAUAUUGCUUGCUUUGUCAAUGGAGCUGGACUUGCAAUGGCAACAUGUGAUAUAAUAUCCUUGAAUGGUGGAAAGCCAGCCAACUUCUUGGAUCUUGGUGGAGGUGUGAAAGAAGCACAAGUAUAUCAAGCAUUCAAGCUGCUGACUGCUGAUCCAAAGGUUGAAGCAAUACUUGUAAACAUAUUUGGUGGGAUUGUGAACUGUGCCAUCAUAGCCAAUGGUAUUACCAAAGCCUGCCGAGAGCUUGAGCUGAAAGUGCCACUGGUGGUCAGACUGGAAGGAACAAAUGUUCAUGAAGCCCAGCGUAUCCUGAAUGAAAGUGGACUCCCCAUCACGUCUGCAAAUGACCUUGAGGAUGCAGCAAAGAAGGCAGUGGCUAGUGUGGCCAAAAAAUAACAACUUGAAGAUAAUUCUCCUGGAAAGAGCGUGUGUUUCACAAGACAUCAUUUCUGUUGCUGUUUUGGAGAGGAUUAGUGGAGUUUUUCUAAGCAGUCAUCAGUGUUGGUGGACUUAAUGUGAUAUGUGGCAAACUCAGGCAGGCUACAGGCUGGCAAGUCAAGCUUCAGAAAUUUUUCAGCUACAAUCAUGAAGGAUUCCUAUGUCUUCAUCUAAUUUUGGUAAUUUUGUUACUCAGAAUUGUAAUAAGUAAUACAUCACUUCGUAAAGCUCUUUUUCUGCUUUCCUUCCAAAACUGUCACUGAUAAACACAUGCUAAGAUACAAUA